AUGGAAAUUACUCAACUCUUCGAACUUGAAGAGAAGACGCAAAUCUUAACGACGAAUGUGCGUAUUGAACAGAAAUGGAAAGAUGAAAAUCUCGGCUGGAAUCAAUCCGAAUAUGUCGGUAUUCGCGGUAUUCGAUUGCCGUCCCAUCGAAUUUGGCUACCGGACAGUUACAUCUACAAUUCAGCAUUUGAUCUGACAAGUGAAUCACCAACACAGGGUGUUGUUAAUGGUCCCUAUGUGAUGGUUUAUCAUACCGGCGAAAUUGUGUUCCCUGUCUUGAUGAAACUACGAACGACGUGUAAAGUUAAUAUUCAAUAUUUUCCAUUCGAUCGACAAGUUUGUGGUUUAAAAUUUGCAUCGUGGAUUUAUGAUAUUUCCUCAAUCAAAUAUGAACUUGUUGCAACAAAUGAUCAACAGCAGUCGGAAAAUAUUCGAAAUAGUGGGUGGGCCAUUCUCGACGUUAAACAAGGUCUCGUUUGGAGAACGAAGAAUAACAAAACCUAUGGAGAAUUGGUUUAUGGCGUUCAUAUUCGUCGACGUCCGUUGUAUUAUAUAUUUAAUGUGAUAAUACCAUGUGCUAUGCUUUCGUGUUUAACUUGUAUGUCAUUUUGGUUACCAACAUCUUCAGGUGAAAAAGUAACGCUUGGCUUAACGUGUUUUGUUGCAUUUUCUGUGUUUAUGCUAAUGGUUGCCGAGAAAGUACCAGCUACAUCGGAUACUGUGCCAAUCAUCGGAAUAUAUCUAACAAUCGUAAUGAGUUUAACAUCGAUCUCAGUCAUUAUGGCAGUUAUCGUAGCUAACCUUUAUCAACAAGCGGCGAUGUGCACAUCCGAGAAACAUCGUGCGCCACGUUGGUUAAGAAAACUAGCAUUGAAAUAUUUACCACCACUUCUCGGUAUGCGAGAUAAAGUCGAAAAUGUCCUCAGUCAAAAAGAAGAUUCAAGUGCGUCACAUGGACUCUCCUGUGAGCCGAAUCCUUUGCCACUGGCAACGGCUAAGAACGAAUUUGAUGUUAACUAUGAAAAUAUGAUUGAGAAUUUACUACUACAACAAGUUUUACUGUAUACACGUGAACGAACAAAUCAAUCACAGCAUACGCAUACACAGCGUUCACAUUCUCGUUCAACAACAACAACUACUACUUCUUUAAUAGUUCGCCAACAAACUCGACAUUCUAACAAUCAGGAUAAUGAACAAUUGGUGCUCACAUCAUCUAGACAUGACAAUCAAGUUGAUGACGAAUCGACUAUUUGUGUUGUUGAACCUAAUCCAGAAACGCCAAGCACAUUAAUCGAGAGUAUUCUCUAUCAUUACAAUCAAUGUAAAGAUCAAUACACACAUUUCGAUCAAAAUUUACUUAAUUUACUUAUAAAAAGAAAUCGAGAAAAACAAACGUCCUCUCAAUCGACAAAUCCCACUUUCCAGUAUCGUCUGCAAUGGCUUGCUAUUGGCUUGAUUAUCGAUCGAUUAUUUUUUUACCUUUAUUUUACAGCAACACUCGUUUCUUAUUUUGUCACACUUUGGCUUAUACCUUUCUCACAUCCAGAUUUAACUAUUGACAUUCAAUCUUUAUAA